AUUACGUUUUUACACAAUAAUUUCACAUUAUCGAUUACGUUUAUUUUUAAAAUGGUAAAAUUUCCACAUUUGUACACAAAUAGUGAUAACAACCCAUAUAAAAAAUAGUAGGUUUUGGAGAAAGUCAUUCUACAUCAGUCAGUCUACCUUGUAGUCAAACGAAAAAAAUGGCCGCCAAAACCAUUCUUGUAUUGUGCGCUCAAGCUGUUCUGCUUCAGUCCGUUGUAAGUCAAUGCAUCGGUCGUGAAGCAGUCUUCGGCAUGGGACUCCCUGGUCCCUACGGUGCUGGCUGGGGAUACGACGGUUUGGCUCCCUUCGAUGCUCUUGGUUAUGGAGCUGCUUGGGGAGGCCUUGGACCUAUGGGACCAGGUCUUGCAGGAAUCGCUCCCGCUACUGGACUAGCUGCGUCUUACGGCGGUGGUCUCGCUAUCACCAGCGUCUCUCCCAUCGCUCCCACCGGUCUCUCCGUGACCUCUGAGAACGCGAUCGAGGGCACCCUUGCUGUCAUCGGCCAGUUGCCUUUCCUCGGCGCGGUGGCUACUGAUGGUGCGUUCCCCUCCGUGGGUGCUGGUGCUGUAUCUUACGGCUGCGGAGAUGGCGCCAUUGGUAUUGUUGCCGAGGCCCCCAUUGCUGGACCCGCUGUAGGUCCCGCUCUUGGUUACGGCCCAGGUUUGGGACCCUUCGGCUAUGGGCCAGCUGCCUAUAAUGGAUUAGCUCCUCUUGGUGGAUGCGGAUGCGGUGCCAUAUACUGAAUGUAGAAUUAAGUUUUAAAUAUUUUUGUACGUUGAAUAUACAUUAUAAAUUGUAUAAAAUUGA